GUUGUUUUGUUGUUUAUUCGGUUGUUUUUCGGCCGAAGUUAACCGAAAUUUCAGCAACGGAAUUGAUUGUUAAUUGAUCAAAGUGCCAUUACAUUAGAUAGAGUUUUAAGCGUAACGUAAGGCAAGCUGAUUAGCGGUCCACACACACCCACUACGACCAGGUCCAAUAGGAAAGCGCCAACAAAUGCAAUAGGUCAUAAAAAAAGGGAAUCGGCUUCUUAUCAGCAGAAACAACAACAAAAGACUCCCCAAUCCAUCCCCCCGAGCAGAGCGGAGAAAAACAAUUGCUGGCGGAAUCUCUGACGUGUCACAAGUGCUCAGAAGAACAGAACGGAAAUGUGCGGCGCACCCAACACAGCUGUCGGCAAUGGCACCCGGGCCCUCAUCUUGGUCGGUGGUUAUGGCACCCGCCUCCGACCGCUCACCCUGAGCACACCCAAGCCCCUGGUCGAGUUUGCCAAUAAGCCGAUUCUGUUGCACCAGCUGGAGGCACUUGUCGAUGCCGGCUGCCGUCAGGUCAUACUCGCCGUAAGCUAUAGGGCUGAGCAAAUGGAGAAGGAGCUGAAGGUGGAGGCAGACAAACUGGGCGUGGAACUGAUAUUCUCACAUGAAACGGAACCCCUGGGGACAGCUGGACCCCUGGCCCUGGCCAAAUCGAUACUGACUGCCAGUCCGGAGCCCUUCUUUGUACUCAACUCGGAUGUGAUCUGUGAUUUCCCGUUCAAGCAGCUGGUGCAAUUCCAUCGAAAUCACGGCAAAGAGGGAACCAUUGUCGUGACCAAGGUGGAGGAGCCCUCCAAAUACGGUGUGGUGCUGUACGACGAGGACGGCUGCAUCAAUAACUUUAUCGAGAAGCCGCAGGAGUUUGUCAGCAACAAAAUUAAUGCCGGCAUCUACAUCUUCAAUCCAUCGGUGCUCGAGAGGAUUGAGGUCAGGCCCACAUCCAUCGAGAAGGAAGUAUUUCCGGCCAUGGCCGAGCAAAAAGAGCUGUAUGCCAUGGAUCUGACCGGCUUCUGGAUGGACAUUGGACAGCCCAAAGACUUUCUUACAGGCAUGUGCCUCUACCUGAGUUCGCUGCGGCAGAAGCAAUCAACGAAGCUGUAUACCGGACCAGGCGUCGUCGGCAACGUACUGGUGGAUCCCACAGCCACGAUAGGCGAAGGCUGCCGCAUUGGGCCGAAUGUAACCAUCGGACCAGAUGUAAUCAUCGAAGAUGGGGUAUGCAUCAAGCGUGCCACCAUACUAAAAGGCGCCAUUGUACGCUCCCACUCCUGGCUGGACUCCUGCAUUGUUGGCUGGCGCUCGACGGUGGGUCGUUGGGUGCGCAUCGAGGGCAUCACAGUGCUGGGCGAGGAUGUCAUUGUCAAGGAUGAGCUCUACGUGAAUGGAGGUCAAGUGCUGCCCCACAAAAGCAUUGCGGCCAGCGUGCCCGAGCCGCAGAUCAUCAUGUGAAAGGAACGGAUGAUCUUAGCUGUAGUCUAAAUAUGAUUUAGGUUCAUUUCGGUAUUCAACAUUUGUUCACACCAAUGGCCUGCUAUUGCCACUGUCUGUCCCCCAAUGAGUGUCGUAAUGUUUAAGUCAAACGAUUUGCAAUAUUCUAAACAAAGAACGAAAACAAUGAGAAACAUUUCCAAUAUUUAGCUUUGCUAUUCUAUAUAAAUUAAGGCGCCAUUUCCUCUUAGGGAAUCUUGACUUUUAGUCAUCCGAGUAUAAGUGUAUGAUCAGCCGAACCCUUUUCUACUUUGAUACGAGUAAGCAGAGCAUAAGUUUUGUACUUAUAAUUCUACAAAUUAGUCAAAUAUACAUAAAUGCAUACAUACAUAUAUGAAAAUAACUACCAAAAAUAUGGAGUAUAUUUCUUGAUGCAAGAAAGGAAUAAAAAUUCGACAGAGGAUCAAAAAUGAAGAAAACAAUAACAUGUCAUGUGCAUGAUAUUCGACUCGAGCCUCGAGUUUUUUUUUAAAUGAAAUAACAGCGAUUACAUAGCUUGCUGUUACUAUUGGUAGCAACUUAUACUAUGGG